AUGAAAGCUCUGAGAGAUGACAACAGGCAAUUUAAAUCAAUUAUUGACGAGAAAAUUAAGGAGAUCGAACCUCUUAAUCAAGCUCUUGGCAAGCUCCGAAAUGCAAACAAUGUUGGUCGCAAUGGUGGUUUAUGUUCAUCUGAGGAAGAACUUAAUGCUGUUAUUCAGAGCCUGCAAUACCAUAUACAACAUGAAAGCAUUCCGCUUUCUGAGGAAAAGCAAAUUUUAAGAGAAAUUAAACAGCUUGAAGGGACGAGGGAGAAAGUUAUUGCUAAUGCUGCUAUGAGAACAAAGCUUCAGGAUUCGAUGGUACAGAAAGAAGCCCUCCAAGAUCAAGUCAAGAUCAUAAGUGGUGAUUUGGAUGGAGUGAGGAAGGAACAACAAGCCGUUAGAGCCAAGAUAAAGCAACUCGAUGAUGCCUUGAAGGCAAUAGACAAUGAAAUUAAAACUUUGUAGGAUGAGAUAACUUCUGUUACAGA